AUGUCAGGCUUUGAAAUUGCUGGACUUGUUCUCGGCACGUUUCCGAUUCUUUGCGAUGCUGCCAAGGAUCUCAGUGGUGUUCUCAAAAAGGCCAGAUCAUGGUGGCGGUUCGAAGCGACGUUUGAAGCAUUCUCUUCGGCCAUCGAGACACAGGAGGUCGCUUACACUCAGGUACUGAAGCGUCUUCUCGACCCGUUGGUUAUUCCAGACGAUGAAUAUGACAGCCUGUUGCGAGACCCGAUGUCCCCUUUGUGGUAUGAGACACGCAUCCAGGAAGGCUUGCGGCAACGUCUGUCAUCAGAGCAUCGGUACUUCAUGCGGAACCUCUCUGAUCUGAACGAAGCCAUACUUGAGUUGCAGAAGCUGUUACCUCUGGAUAUGCUGUACCAUUUAGACUCAAACAGUCUGGAAAGCGAGCUUUUCCGUCUCCAUACCAGCUUCAGCAGCGAGAAAGACCGACAACUGCACCGCAUCACGAAUAUCAACAACGAGUUGCAUCUGUUCUUCGACCGGGCAUCAUCAAUAACCAGAAAUGCCGCGCAGAAGCCAAAGUUAUCAUUCAGAGAUCUGCACAACCAGGCAUUGGAGUUCCAUGAAUCUUUAGCGCGGAACUGGCAAUGCUCGUGUGACACUGUUCACACCAUCGGGAUCGCUGUCAAUCCAGCAGUCCUGAAAUCAGCCAAGAGAGAUAGCGAGGCGUUUUUCGACGUACUUUUCGAGACGGAAAACAAGAGGAAAAAGUUGCGCCUUCAGAUUGAGUCCGUUGUGGUAGUCACUUCAAAGGCAGGCGACCCGGCAACUCAGUCGACCCCGACAAUCAAUAUCGAAGCAGCUGGUGACAUGAGAGACCAGAUGGCUCUCAAGAAGCAGCUUAAGUCAGUUUCACUGGCCGCGGAUGAAAAAAGCGUUGCCGCGCUGGCUUUCACUUCAUUAUCCAUAUCGAGCCCUCCGAGUUCUGAUCCUCCUCGAAAAUCAAUUCUCAAACGCAUGACACGAAAGCUGCAGAAACCCUGGCUGAUGACAGAACCCUUGCUGACACCGACUGUCGCCAGAACCACCUCUAAUACCAGUUCGGUCUCAAGCCUCAACAGAAGCGUAUCAGCCAGCACCGCAGUGCUCACGGACAACUCAAGCUUCAGCACUGCACCAGAAAGAGAACCGUCAAUCUCUGGUAGCGGUAUCUCCAACAUCUCGAGAGUCAAGUUUGCCAGUACCGGCUCGUUGACCGCAUCAUUCCUCGAGCCAAAUGAUACCGACCCUGUCAGCCCAACAAGUAUUUGCAAGAUAGCAACACAUUCAUCGGGCGACUGCUGCCGGAACGUGUUACCUCUUGACGGCGGUAGAAGACUCAUUCUAGAGGAAGAGAAGCGUUUCGAUACCUUCGAAACGCAGUCGAUCAACACCUUCCUUCAAGCUAGGUCUAUGCGAUAUAACCGCAUCUACAUCGGCCUGCGAUUCGCCCUCACACUACUCGGUUUGGCCACGUCUGCAUGGAUGCCCGCACAGCUUAGCAAAGACGACAUCUUCCUCAUUCAUACUGGAACACAUGACAAGAAAGCGAAACCAUUGGGCCCGUACUUCUCGCGGAGUUCUCGCGACAUAUGCUCUGCAAGCAAUCCAAAAGACCACCACACAUGGGACGCCAAGUCCUCACUGCUUCUAUUGGGUAUCACCUUGUUGGAACUCUUUCAAGGCGAUAGUCUGCAGAACCAGCCUUCGUGGACGGAGUCUCUUGAUGACGACGGGAUGCCGAACGACAUGACCAUGUUCUGCAGCGCGUGGCUCUGGAUUAAUACGGCUCAGAGCUCGAUGAAGGCUUGGAUUGGCGAGGAGCUUGGUGGGGACUUAUACGAAGCUAUACGCAAGUGCAUUUGUUAUGAAUUCGGCCGUGACGACGAUUUCGGGGAUUCUCGGUUUGCGGAGGUGGUAUAUCGCGAGGUUGUGGUGCCACUAGAGAGGUGUUGCCCGCAAUUCUGA